ACUAGGCAUUCCAGGUGAGUCCGUCGCUCUCCACACAGUUUCCCUCACCUGCAGUGCGAACAAGAACAGUGCGACAUCCGCCCUUUGUCUGGCGCAUGUAUUGUUUCUCUGGCUCAGACAGAUAAGAGCCACUGAUGAGUUGACGGCUCAUCAUGUCCGAUCUCGAGACGACGAGCGCGCCGUCAGCGGCCCCUUCGGCUGGCGAAUCGGGGCCGCCCGCCGCUCAUACGCAGCUCAAAAAGGUCAAGAAGCAGAAGGUGCUGCUGAUGGGCAAGAGCGGAUCGGGCAAGUCAAGCAUGCGCAGCAUAAUAUUCAGCAACUACCUAGCCCGAGACACCCGGAGGCUGGGCGCCACCAUCGACAUUGAUCUGUCCCACGUUAAGUUCCUGGGCAAUCUCACCCUGAAUCUCUGGGACUGUGGCGGCCAGGAAGCUUUCAUGGAGAACUACCUCUCCCAGCAACGCGCCCACGUCUUCAGCAACGUGGGCGUGCUCAUCUACGUCUUCGACAUUGAGAGCCGUGAUGUAGAGCGUGAUCUGGCCACCUACGUGAACAUCAUCAGCGCCCUGGUCCAGUACUCCCGCGAAGCCAAGGUCUUUGUCCUGAUCCACAAGAUGGAUCUCGUCCAGCCCAUUACACGCGAGGACGUCUUUGACCAGCGAGCGGCCCUCGUCCGCCGCAAAACCGCCGAGGCGGUUGCCAUCAUGCACAAGGCGAAGCCGGAGCUCCAACAACAACAGAGGCUACCAACACACCCGCGAAUGACCUCUCCCACGUUGGAACCCGACAUUGACCUGCAACUCUUUGCCACCUCCAUAUGGGACCAAUCCCUCUACAAAGCCUGGGCGUCCAUCAUCCACGACCUGGUGCCCAACCUCGCCGUCAUCGAAACGCAGCUGGCCAGCCUGGGGGUGGCCAUCGACGCCGACGAGAUUUUGCUCUUCGAGCGGACCAGCUUCCUAGUAGUGUCCAAGUGGGCCAGCCGGGAGGGGGACCGCAACCCGUACGGGGACCGGUUCGAGCGCAUGAGCAACAUCCUCAAGAGCUGGAAGCACACGUGCUCCAAGUACACGGGCACGCCGCGCAACGCCGAGCAGUUCUCCGACUUUGAGUACAAGAUGGGCACCACCUUCAGCAUGUUUGCCACCAAGUUCACCACAAACACCUACAUCCUCGUCUGCAUGCCCCCCGGCGAGGCCAGGUUCAACAGCGCCAAGCUCAACGUCGCUGCCGCCCGCACAUGGUUCAAAUUUCUUGAUGGCCCCGCCGUGCCCGCUGCCGCCUCUAUUCCCGGUGCCGGCGGUGUGAUGAGCUCGCCUCACAUGAUUGCGGGCACGCCUAGCACAUACGCUGCCGACUGGCGGAUGGCGGCGCCCUCUGACUGAUACCUAAACGACGGGCAAUGUCUGUACCUGAUGUAUGUGUGAAACGGGUUGUGAUACCCAGAGCAAGGGCGUUUAUAGGCGUUCAAAAGGCUGGCGGAUACAGGUAGCAUGAGGGAACUUGUAUAUUUGGUUAGUGUUGGGACGGGUAGGCAUAGCGAUUAUUGAGUUGCGUUGGAAAUCUAUCCCAAAGCAUCCCUGUCACGGUGGGCAUCGUGGCUUGAACCAUGGCGAUUUCACUGUGCCAUUGUCAUUCAUCUCUCC